ACAGUAAAGAUGGCGCCCAAGCCGCUUGUGUGUUCAACUACUAAGGAAAGAUGACGGUCAUAAACACAGGAACGUACUUUAUAGCUGCGUCAUUGACGGUGUACAGUUAGGAGACUUUAGGACUAACACUUGAGCAGCUUGUUGAUUGUAUAGGAAGGCAUUUUUUGUUGUCUAUCCGCGGCUGUUGUGUUCCUUCGCCCCGAUGGAGGACAUCAACUCGAACAUCAACGCGGACUUAGAGGUGCGGAAGCUUCAGGACUUGGUUAAGAAACUCGAGCAGCAAAACGAGCAACUGCGGAGUCGCUCCGCGCUGCUCUCCUCGUCGUCGUCGUCGUCGUCGUCUGGGGGCUUGGCAGCUAACAAUGCCAGACCCCUGAGUGCCGGAUACGACUCGCCGCUGUCAGCUGGAGCGGUGGCGGCGGGGCUGGCGGGCUUCACCGGGGCGGGGUUCGGCGGCAUGCGGGGCUUCGUCGGACUCGGAGCGGCGCCGCUGGAGAACUCACGCUGUCUGAGCCCCAGGCGCUCGUACCACGGGAGCUACGGGUCGGCGUACGACUGCGACGGCUCUCCUGCUGCCUCCAACACCAGCAGCAGCCCGUAUUACCACCGGGAGUCUCUGGAUUACAGCGAUGACCGAGAGUCUUCAGUGUUGGACGAGGUGGAGAUCCUGGAUCUCGAAGACAUGGACUGUCUGAACGAGGAUGAAGACAGCUGGUUGUAUGAGGCGAAGCUGAACAGCCCUCUCCAGAAAGCACUCAGUCCUAUCGUGUGGUGUAGACAGGCCCUGGAUAACCCCAGCCCUGACAUGGAGUCAGCCAAACGCUCCCUUCUCCACAGGCUCGACCUCACCAUGACAGCAAAUAAGAGGCGGAGUCUGUACGGCAGUACCUACAGUCCUCAGGUGGCCUACGGAAGCUCGUGCAGUCCAAACGCAGCCAACAGCCCGUACAGCAGUGGCUUCAACUCCCCUUCCUCCACUCCCGCCAGAGUGCCUAUCGUCAAGCAACUAGUACUGCCUAGUAGCACAGGUUAUCAGCGUGGCUCGGUGGACAGAAACCCCCCAGCAGUGAGUCCUCAGUCCUCAGUGGACAGUGAGCUGAGCACUUCUGAGAUGGACGAGGACUCCGUGGGAUCUUCCACCACCUACAAGCUCAAUGAUGUCACCGAUGUGCAGAUUCUCGCUCGCAUGCAGGAGGAGAGUCUACGUCAGGACUACGCUGCCACAGCGUCACGUCGCAGCUCGGGCUCCUCGUGCCAGUCCCUGAGGCGUGGCACACUCAGCGAUCAGGAGCUGGACGCACAGAGCCUGGAGGAUGACGAGGAGGCAGCGGUGCCCAUGGCCUACCAUCACCCACCCAUCACACGCUUUAGCCCCUCCCCUCGCGUCUCACCCCGUGUCUCACCUCGCCACUCUCCCCGCUCACGUUCACCUGCCCGUGCAUCACCACAGCCAAUCAUGAGCCGCCUGCAGCAGCCCCGACUCUCACUGCAAGGCCACGCCCAUGAAUCCCACACAAACGCCAUCAAGAAUGAAGAGAAAUUACGGCGCAGUCUUCCAAACCUAACACGUUCUAGCUCCGGCCCGGCUGCUGAACCUGUCAAAAACAGCCGCAGCUGUGAGUCCAACCUGCAAGUGCCAAACGGAUCCCCCCGACACCAGAGCCAGUCAGCCACAGCGCAGCACCAAAGGCUCUCCGGGCCGGCGCGCGCCUCCCCGAAACCCAAAGAGCGGCUGCAGAGCCCCACGUCUCUACGAGUUCCUCUCUCGUGUUGCUUCGGAGAGGAAGCAGAUUUCAUUCCCCCGAGCAGUAAGUUGCGAACGCCGGCAGCACCAUCACCUCUCGCUCUACGGCAGCCCAUGAAGGUGGUGUCUAAUCCUGGUUCAGUCACUACCACGCCCACUCGCUCUCUGGCCCCGCCCCGUAGUGCUCUGCCUCGCCCCAGUGGCCCUGCUGCGGGGGGUUUACCUGUGCCUCGCAGCAAACUGGCCCAGCCUGUGCGCAGGUCUCUGCCAGUUCCACGCACUUACAGUGGUAUGAGGGACGAGAGUUGGAGAGAGGGCUGCUACUGAGAAGCACAGAGACUGACGGACUGUCCGACCUGGCACUUUACUGAUCAACACAAACGAGCAAGAGUUGCACUCUUACACUCUUCUCUCCAUACAAUCAGCGCUGAAAGGAAAUUCUCACAUCAGUGAGGAUAUCCGUAUCAUAUCAUAUAUAUAUAUCAUAUGGCUGGCUGGAAAUCAGUGACUGCCAAAGAACCUGACUGAGAUGUACACAUUCUGCCCCAGAGCUGCACUCGCACCGCAAUCAAACAGCUCAUACAGAGAGAACACAUCAAACCAGUCUCUCUCUCUGUUAAACACUUUCUCAUCACGCUCUGCUUCUGCACCCUGCAAAGGAGACCCUUGACUAUCGCUACAUGCUUAUUUUUAUUUUCCCUGUAACGGGCCUGUUGCAAUCUUGGCAGGGUGGAAUAUUGCGUGAAACUGUUUGAAUGGUGUUUCGCAAUGUGUAGCUUGAUGGCCAUUGCUAAUAAACGUAAGAAAAAAAAAAGGCUGUAUGGCGAUCAAACCCCUUAGUGUCCUUCAGCUGGAAUAUCUUGUAUUAUUUAUUUAUUUAGAAAUCAUUAUGUAAAAGAAAUUAUUUACAGAAUAUAUUCCAACUCAGUAUUUUUUUUUUUUUUUUGCUUUUGUUUGUUCUUUCUUCUGAAUGUUAAUAUUAUGUUAAACCUCAACUAUAAAGCUACGUUUCCAAAGCAUUUUUUGAUGGAUCCAUGACUGGUUAUGUACGUUUUUAAAAGUUUGGCUUCACUGGGUUUUAGUUUCACAAAUAUGAGAGGUUGAUGUUUUAACUUUUUCAAACGGAACCUUGUAGAAUCAUGGACUGGAGGAUCCUAGGUAUUACUGUAAUGUCCCAAAUUGUGAGUGUGUCGCCCCAAUUCGGCAGUCAAAUUAUUGUAACGCAUUUGAUCUGGAAUGUUAAGUGUUGCAAAAAGAAGCACUUGUGCAUAUUACAAACACUGAUGGAUGGCAAGUCUAUCCAUCGGUCUUCUGCUCAGGGGUGGGGUGGAGGGGGGGGUCAUUAGAUAACAUUGUGAUGUGUAGUGUGGUGGAAAAGAAAAUAAGUGAAGUGUUUAUCAUUGAGAUCACCUCCGCAAUCAUGUUGAUGAUGGAAUUGACUUAAACCUGCAAAAAAAAAAGUAAUUUUGGUGAAUGUUCAGGGUCCAGCACCAGGAAGUGGGUGAUACAUGAACACGAGUCACAGCAUUGUUGCAGUGAGAGAACAGGAAAGAGAUCAAGAAUAACAAAAGCGCACCUGAGUGGCAAUGCAGCUUCAGACUGCGAACGUUUUAAACAUGAGUGCCUAUAAUUUAUGAAAUUGUGAUUAGUUUCAUGUCUUUGUUUGCAUUUUAUUUUAUACAUUUCGGGGGUUUUGUGCCAAAAGAGUUGAUUUUGCUAUUGUUAUUAUUCGUUUCAGGGGUCUCUGCAUUUCUUUCAGGAGUUUUUGGCUUUUUUUUUUUUAUUUUGUAAUUGCUUUGAUAACAUUUAUAUGUAUGUUAACGCUUUGAUAUUUAUGACUAAAUGCUCUGAUGUAAUAAUAAGAGGCUUAUUUAUUAAAAACAGAGCAAAACCUGUACACACUGAGAGGCAGGGUUGGUGGGCAGUCUGAGCCUGGUCUGGGCAUGAGGACAAUUGUGCCACGCCAUUUUGUGGACAGUUUUGUUAAACAUUUUUAUAUCUCCACAAACAUGAUGCUCAGUUUUUUUUCCCCUGUGUUCACAUUUCAAAUAAAAUGUUUAAAAUGGCA